CUCCCUCUUUUCCUCUUUGUGUCCAUUGUUCUUCUCUCCGGACAGUUGUUCUAUGUUCCACCUCGCUCUCCACCACAAAAACCGCUGCACCAAGCCUCCAUUCCGCCCUCCCGUUAUCCUUAGCCGCCCUCUGCCUCGUAGCUGGAGGAUUUUCUCAGAUUUGGAACUCUUUCAUGGACUUAUUCCUUGUGACGCUGACGCAUGCCUCAGUUCUUCAGAGCUCAGAGAGUCUUAGAAGCGAACAUGAGGGAAACUAAAUCAACGGGAGUAUUUUCGAUUUUUUUGGAAGAAAGGCAAAAAAAUCAACAGAAAAACUUUAAAAGAAGAGGCAAAAUAUUUACUGGGUGAUGAUUGGGUUUGGAGUUUGAAGUUGGGAACUUGACGGAGCAGUUGACAGUAACACACGUGUUCAUCCGAUCAAUCUACCCGCCUAAAUGCAUCCGGUCCCCACAAUCAGAUUAUAAAUAUAUGGGUAACCUAAUUUGGCCAUUUUCUCAACUACCUCUGCUUCAUCCAAAACCCCCCAAAAGCCCAAACCCUCCCACAGCAACCAUGUUCAAACCCUGCCCACUCCUCCUCCACCGCCACGGUCACCGCCACCUCAAACAUCUCUCCACCACCACAACCACAACCACAACCACGACGCGCGUACCUCUGGACCUCCCACUUUCUCACCCCACAUUCCUCGUCUGGGCCUCCAACACCUCUCUCGGCAAGACACUAGUCUCCGCCGGCCUCGCUGCCUCCUGUCUCCUCUCCAAGUCCCACUCCACACCCCGAAAAUUCCUCUACCUCAAGCCCAUACAGACCGGCUUCCCCUCCGAUUCAGACUCCUCCUUCGUCUUCCGCAAGCUCUCCCACCUCUCUCUCCGACGCCACCCUGUUUUCCCUCUCUUCUCCUCCAAUCACGUCCUCAAGGCCUCCGUCCCCGCCGCCAAUGCGGUCUUGGGCCAGGGGAAUGCUGAGAACUGUGAGUCCGGGAUCCGAAAUCUGAGGUGGUACGAGGAGAGGAGGGUCGAAGGGGAGGGGGCAAGCGCUGCGGCCUCCGAGUUGGUUUGUAAGACGCUGUACGCGUGGAGAGAGGCCGUGUCGCCGCACUUGGUGGCGCAGAGGGAGAGCGCGGUGGUCGAGGACGCUGCGGUGCUACGAGAGUUGCUCAAGUGCUUGAGAGUGGAGUUUGAAGGCGGUGGAGAUGAGAGGAAGGAAAUGGAUGUUUUCUGCGUGGUUGAGACCGCUGGUGGGGUUGCGAGUCCGGGGCCGUCUGGGUCGCUUCAAUGUGACUUGUAUAGGCCUUUGCGUUUACCUGCUAUUCUUGUCGGAGAUGGGCGGCUUGGUGGUAUUUCUGGAACCAUUUCAGCUUAUGAGAGUUUGAAACUUCGAGGUUACGAUGUCGUUGCUGUUGUUUUUGAGGAUCACGGUCUUGUGAAUGAGGUGCCAUUAUUGUCUUAUCUGCGAAAUAGGGUGCCUGUGCAUGUGCUGCCACCAAUUCCGAAAGAUCUAUCAAAUGACCUGAUGGAAUGGUUUGAUGAGUCCUGUGGUGUAUUUGAUUGUCUGAAGGAAAAAAUGUUGUCAGCUUAUUCAGAGAGAAUUAAGAGAUUGCAUGACAUGCCAAAGAAGGCGAGAGAGAUUUUCUGGUGGCCAUUCACUCAGCACAAACUUGUACCCGAAGGAGCUGUUACAGUGAUUGAUUCACGAUAUGGUGAGAAUUUUGGGAUCUUCAAGGGUCAGAAUAAUGGAUUCAUAACUCAACAGUUUGACGCAUGUGCCAGUUGGUGGACUCAAGGACCUGAUGCUACUUUACAGACUGAGCUUGCUAGAGACAUGGGUUACGCUGCCGCAAGAUUUGGGCAUGUGAUGUUUCCUGAGAAUGUUUAUGAGCCAGUCUUAAAAUGUGCAGAGCUUUUGCUUGAAGGGGUGGGGAAAGGUUGGGCUUCCCGAACAUAUUUUUCAGAUAAUGGAUCUACGGCCAUCGAAAUUGCUCUCAAGAUGGCAUUUCGUAAAUUCUCCUUUGAUCAUGGAAUCCUUUCAGAGGAUAACACAGCUGGAAAAAGUGUUGAGCUUAUGGUUUUAGCUCUUAAAGGAUCUUAUCAUGGUGAUACUUUAGGUGCUAUGGAAGCACAAGCACCAUCGUCUUAUACAGGUUUCCUCCAGCAACCAUGGUACACUGGAAGAGGCCUUUUUCUGGAUCCUCCUACAGUCUACAUGUGCAACGGUGUAUGGAAUCUUUCCUUGCCUGAAGGGUUGUAUUUUGGGAAUCCAAAGCUUGAAAAUAUAGCCUUCAGUUCGCGUGAUGAAAUUUUUCAUAAGAUACGGGACAAUUCAGAUCUUGCUGAAAUUUAUUCAUCUUAUAUAUCACAACAAUUAUCGCAAUAUUCAGGAUCAGGAGGGUUUAACCAUAUAGGAGCACUGAUUUUUGAACCAGUUAUACUAGCUGCUGGAGGAAUGCAUAUGGUUGAUCCACUUUUCCAGCGGGUACUUGUUAAUGAGUGCCGAAAUAAAAGAAUCCCAGUUAUCUUUGAUGAGGUUUUUACGGGUUUCUGGCGUGUGGGGACAGAGACUGCAGCAGACCUACUUUGUUGUGUACCAGAUAUAGCCUGCUUUGGGAAGCUGAUGACUGGUGGGACUGUACCCUUAGCUGCCACAUUGGCAACAAAUGCUGUAUUUACCUCCUUUAUUGGAGAUUCAAAGCUCAAGGCCCUUUUGCAUGGGCACUCAUACUCUGGACAUGCUAUGGGGUGCACGGCAGCUGUUAAAUCCAUAAAAUGGUUCAAAGAUCCCCAGACAAAUCUUAACAUCACUUCUGAAGGAAGGUCGCUUAGGGAGUUAUGGGAUGAAGACUUGGUGCGACAGAUUUCAUCAAUUCAUGCAGUUCAAAGAGUGGUUGCAUUGGGAACUCUCUGUGCCUUGGAACUCCGAGCAGAAGGCUGUAACGCUGGGUAUGGAUCGCUAUAUGCGAGCUCUCUUCUUCAGAAACUCCGCGAAGAUGGUGUUUACACGAGGCCCUUGGGUAAUGUCAUAUAUCUCAUGUGUGGCCCCUGCACACCUCCUGAGAUCUGCAGCCAAUUACUUGUCAAACUUCACACAAGACUUGAAGAGUUUUGCCAAAUUAAGGAGUUCACAAAAUUCUGAGUUAUAGUAAUUGAAAGCUAUUCUAAAUUCUUCUCUUUUAUGGGUCCCGUGUAGAGAGUCGGGGCUUCUUUUUGUUAAGGAUUUACGAUCUUCUUCUUAUGUAUAAGGAUCUAUAAUAGUUGAUAAUUUUGUUGUGGAAUCAAAGAAAAAUGGUAAGAUAAGAUAAAGAGAUUGUAAUACAUGAAACUAGUUCUUUAGGAACUAUAUUCAUCUCCUUUUAUUGUGUGUUUUUCAUGCUCCUCAGGAUUCCCUUUUAUAGGCAUAGAAUCAUAAUGGGAUGAAAAUGUAUGGAAAGGGUGAUAUAUGAAUCAAGAGGGUACAUGACUGUAGUAGGAAUUCCAAGGGAUUACAUUAAUGUGGUAAGAAUUGCAAGAGAUGAAAACUAAAUGGUCAUCCACCUAAUACAUGAAUGCAUUUAUAACACUUUCCCUUGGAUGGUCACACACUAAGAAUAUGCCUUGUUAAAACCUUAAUUCUUAAACCUUGCCAAGGAAAACUAAAU